AAACAGGGUGGCCAAUCCUUCUGCUUAAUUCCAUCUUCAAUCAACACCAAUCAUCGUAGAUUGCCUCUUCCAUAUCCUCACACUGCCAGUGCCAUGUGCCAUGCCAAUCCAAUCUUCCCCUGAAAACAUCCAUAUCUGAAUCCCAACCCAAACCCCAAAAAACCCAUCCUUUUUCCUCAGAAAUGAAGGGAAGUAUCCUCCCCAAUCGCCCACUCCAUCUCGUUGCCAUGAACAGACUAGCACGCUCAAACCCAACUCUGAAAUUCAACCCCACCACACUUCCACUGCCUCGUCAAUCCCAAACUCCACCCUCAUUUCCCCUGGAUUCUCUCCUACAACACCUCCUCAACCUCUCUGCCACACCAAAUGCUCCCCGCUGGUCCAAACCUCAGAGCAAUAAUGCCCAGAUGACUUCUCGGCAUAUUUCUGUUGAUUCUAGUCAAAAUCUUAAUAGACAAGCACAUCCCAAGAAACCCAGUUCGGUUUCCGUCUUGUAGUUGAACGGCAGUAAGGAGGAGGGUCAGUUGGGAGAUGGGUCAUUUGAAUUUUUGUCGAGAAAGGGUAAUUUUAUGUUGGAUUCAAUCGUGGAACAGCAAUUGCAUAGCUUGCAUGAUUUCUUCGAUUCUAACAAGUUUAUGCUGCUUGAAGUUGAUAUAUUUAGUUUAUUGAAAGCAUUAGCUCAUUCGGGCAAUUGGAAAAGAGCCCUUUUAUUCUUUGAAUGGGUAGUGUUGAAUUUAAAGUCUUCUAAUGUCAAAAUAGACAAUCAGGUUGUUGAGCUAAUGGUUAGAAUUCUUGGGAGAGAAUCACAGCAUUCGAUUGCAUCCAAGCUGCUCGAUGUAAUUCCGCUUGAGGAUUAUUCUCUUGAUGUUCGAGCAUAUACGACCAUUCUUCAUGUGUAUUCUCGUACUAGCAAGUACAAAAGAGUAAUCUCUGUGUUUGAGAGAAUGAAGGAGACAGGGCUGUCUCCUACUUUAGUCACUUAUAAUGUCAUGCUUGAUGUUUAUGGGAAGAUAGAGGGUCUGCUAAAUGAAGCAAAGGGGUUCUUUGCAAAAUUGAAGUCCCAAGGCUAUGUACCUGGGACGGUUACCUAUAAUGCAAUGCUCCAACUUUUUGGUAAGGCAGGGAUUUAUUCAGAGGCCUUGAGCGUUUUGAAAGAGAUGGAGGAUAAUAACUGUCCUGCCGACUCUGUAACGUAUAAUGAGCUUGUGGCCGCUUAUGUGAGAGCUGGGUUUUACAAGGAAGGAGCAGCCUUGAUUGGGACAAUGAUGCACAAAAGGGUGAUGCCGAAUGCUGUUACGUAUACAACUGCUAUGGGAAUUUCAGAAAUUUUAUGCAUUAUAGGAUGGCUUGCAGAAUCACUCUCAAAGAAUAUCUUGUGGCUUGACCUGGGAAGAUUUUUAGUUGGAUGUGGCAUUGGCCUGCUUUCGUAUAUGGUUCCUGUUUAUGUUGCUGAAAUUACCUCCAAGGAUGUUCGGGGCUUGUUUACAUCACUUCAUCAAAUAUGCAUUCUUCAUUGCGAGUUCCGACAUCAUUUUUUGAAUGACCUAACUUAUGGAGUUAUGCCAUGUCUCCUACACCUGAUAGGGCUAGCUUUCAUUCCAGAGUCUCCUAGAUGGUUGGCCAAAACCAGUAGAAUGGAAGAGUUUGAAGCUACUCUGCAGCAACUAAGGGGCAGACAUGCUGAUAUUUCUCAAGAGGCAGAGGAUAUCAAAGAAUACACGGAAUAUCUUCAGAGCAUUUCCAAUGAUGGAAUUCGAAACUUGUUCCAACAGAAAUAUGUUUAUUCAGUCAUUAUAUUUUCAAUUAACAUAAAGGUGUCAGCUGGAAGCCUUGUUACCUUAGUGAGCUGGUUUGGUUCUUGGGUAACUGCCUACACCUUUACCUUUCUAUUUGAGUGGAGCUCAGCAGGGACAUUUUUCAUAUUUGCUGGCAUCUGUGCUGCUGGAACUUUUUUCAUUGCAAAGCUUGUACCAGAGACUAAAGGACGCGCACUAGAAGAAAUACAAAAUUCCAUGACUAGCCAGGAGUAUUUAAAUUAAAUUUGAUUUAAUAAUUUUUUUAUUUUAGAGAUAUUUCCCAAAACAUUAGGAUCCCUGUGAGAACCGCAGGAUGAGAAAAUUUCUUUUGUAAAAUUUCACAAACAGAAAAUUUUUCGUAUCUGCAUUAUGUGAGUAGGAAUAUUCUGCUCUCUGCAUUAUGUGAGUACGAAUAUUCUUCCCC